GACUCUGCGCAUAUGCCUAUUUCUUGAAAUUGCCAUAUAUUUCUAGUUCCUUCCGCCUCACCUCUCAACCCCACUCCCUCUCUCCACCUCUCAACACCACAACCAUUAUAGGCGUUAUUCCUUCUUUAACAAACACUACACCACGCAAAACACGCUAAAAGACUGAUUUUGGGUUCCUGUGGGAGAAGGGCAGUUCAAAAAUAUUUGAAAAAUCUCAAACUGGCAAAUCUUUUAUUUAUUUCGUAACUCUCUCUUUCUGUACUUCCAUAAUUGAGCCCCCUUAAAUGAGUUUUUAUUUAUCAAGGCUCAAUCUUUGAUAGGUUCUUUAUGUUCUAUUGUGUUCCUUGAUCUACCUGUUGUUUUUCCCAAGAGAAGGUUGCUUCUUGAUUGAUAGCUCCGUUGAUCCGUCUCCAAGUUGAAAUAGGAAUGAGGUUGGUGGAGAAGCUUGUGGAGAUAAAUUGCUGAGUUUAUCACUCUGGCCAACACUUGUAUACAUGAAGUUUUUUGCUUCUUGGAAAGGAUAAAAGCAGGGCUUAAAAUAUCCCUCCACUUUGGUGUUUGGUUUUGGUUCUCAUCAGCUUGGGACCUGUCAUUGGUUUGGCAGCUGCCAGUUGAUUAUGGCUAAUCAAAUGUGAACUCUGGUAUUGGAGAUUUAUGCUUUGAAUGCUCUGGUGAGAGCUUUGUUUUCAGAGAUGUAGUAUCUUUGAUAGGGUGUAGAGUUGCAAGAGAGGUGCAGGAGAAGUCAAAGACUCUCAACAAGACAUUGAUAAAUAGAUACAAAGUGCUAUUUGGAUUUCUUUUCUUCUUGGGGAUUUAGCUUGGGGCUUUUUCUUUUCCUGAGAAUGAGGUCUCUUAAUUGCUUUUAUUCUCCCUGGAGGAGAAAGAAAGAUAAGGGAGAAAAGAAAUCUAUCAAACCUGCUGGUAGUGAGAAGACUAUCAAAAGUUUGCAUACAGACCUCGAGCAUCUUCAGAAAUCUUCAGAAACGGAAUUGAGUUCGACUUCCUUUAGUGUUCCGGUUCCUUUUCCCGGAAGUUCUAGGUGCAAGGUCAAGGUAAUGAAUCAUGAGAGUCCAGUUGCAGCUCAGUCUGGAGAGGUUGAUUACGAAGUGGGGAAUGAGCAUGAUGAGUUGAAGAGGGAUAGUUCUGAGUUCUCAUUUCAAACCCAUGCUCGAAACUCAGCUGAAGAAAAGAACCAAACAGUUGAAGGAACAAAUAGUCCCUGUUCGCUGGAUAUUGAUUAUGAUGAGUAUAUGCAUGACAAGAUGCGAAGCAGUAAUACUGAAGAAGGGUUGGAGAUGAUUACAAGCGGGCAUGUAAGUGAUCCGGGCAUGGAGACAGCUGAAUUUUGGGCUUCUCCGAACCUGAAGCGCUCCUGCUCUAAUCUGGCAAUGAGAAGUAUGUGGGGGGAGCUUGAUGAUCAGUUCUAUCCUACAAAGUGUAAAUCUUAUGAGGAAAUGCUGAGAUCAACUGAAAUAUUCGGAGAUGAAGUUCCUGUAGGGGACGGAACAACAUCUGUUUCUGGUAGGUCCCUUUCCAGUGCUGACAAGGUGAUUCUGAAGAAGCAUUCUUCAAGCCUGAUACUUCCGUAUAGGAGCCGGAGAUUGUGGCGGAUAUUGUUCCUCUGGAGCCACAGGAAUCUUGAUAGAGCAAGAACUGCAAAACCGCAGCCAGUUGAAAUUAAGCCUUCUGCUCUCCACGACCAGGCUGGCUACUCUUCAGAUGCUAUAGAACCUAGACAAGCCAUGGACUCCAUUGGUACAGGCAAAGGUGACACAGAUGAUCAUAGUUGGGAUCGAUCUUGUGGAGCUUCUGGUGUGUGGCCUCAAAAUCAGUGGGUUGCUUUUCCUACAAAUUCAUCUCAUUUUACAAGAGUCAACGAGUGGGUGAAAGAAGUUUCCUCACAGCCUCCAUUUCAAGUCGAUAUCGAUGAUCAAACUGAAGAUGGUAUAUUCUUCCCACCCUCUCCUGAGAACAGCACAUCUCUAGCAAGAGGGUCUUCUCAUUUGAGUCGACAUUCGGCUAUGAAUAAACCAGGGGAGAUUUCACAGGCCAAUUCCAUUAUCCAGUCCCUGAACACUCAUCUAACUGUGGCUCAUAUGACAGGAAUUGGACUGAAAGCUACACCCUCAAUUUCACAAUUUUCUAGUCUUCGAUCAGUCAAUUUGUCCAACAAUUUCAUAGUUCAUAUAGCUCCAGGAUCUCUGCCAAAGGGUCUUCACAUUCUUAAUUUAUCCAGGAACAAGAUACACACUAUUGAAGGCCUGAGGGAACUGACUCAUCUGCGGGUUCUUGAUCUAAGUUAUAACCGGAUUACCAGAAUCAGUCAAGGGUUGUCCCGUUGUACGCUCAUUAAAGAGCUCUAUCUGUUGGGGAAUAAGAUAAGUAAUGUUGAAGGGCUGCAUAGGCUUUUGAAGCUGACUGUGUUGGACCUGAGCUUUAACAAAAUAACCACAGCGAAAUCACUUGGCCAGCUUGUAGCAAAUUACCAUACUCUAAUAGCUCUAAAUCUGUUGGGCAAUCCUAUUCAGGGUAAUAUCAGUAAUGACCAACUGAGAAAGACGCUAUGCAGCCUUCUACCGAAGCUAGUGUUGCUCAACAAGCAGCCGAUAACUGCACAGAAGGCUCGAGAGAUUCGUGCAGAUGCCAAUGCUAAAGCUGCACUUGGAACCAACAGUUGGAGCUCGCGGAAAAAAUCAUUUAAGAGCAUGGUAACCCAAGGGAGUUCAUCUUCCCACAGCAUGCACAGAAGCAGCAGUGUUGGCACUGGUCAGAAGACGAAACAGAGAUCGAAAAGCCGUCCUUACCAUGGUCCUGCAUUGAAGGACAAGGCUUGAGCUUUUUUAAAGCUGUAGUCCUUUUGAUGUAUUUCUUUGGGUCUUUGAAUCUUUAGAGUCGAGAGUGAGCGAUCUUCUGAGAACUUCCGUUCUCUUGCUUCUGAGUGUUGUUUUUUUUCCUUCUCUUUGGAGGGAUAGAUUUCUUUUCCGGAAUUCUGGCUUCCAGCUGUGCAUUUCUGGUUUUACCUUCCAGUUGAGGUUUUUCUAUUUUUCUAUUGUUUAUUUGGGGGAUAAACUACACAUGCAUCCCUUGAUAUUUGUUGUAAUUAGGAAAAAAAAUAUUCUUAGAUUAAACAUUAUAUAUUUACACUUUCUUGAUACUAGCACCUAUCAGUGCGAUGCAAUU